AUUUCUCAAUUUCCACCGAAUGCUGAAACUCUAUACCGAAAGAAUGUGCUUGAAGAUUCGAUGAAAAAAUCUGCCGACGUGUAUCGAAAAAUUCACCAGAUUGGUUCUACAGGAGCUUGCCAGAGGGAAGAAUCGGCGAGAAAUCGAGCGAACAUUAGACGUCGAAAUUUGCAGAUUUUACAGUCCUCCAAACUUGCCUUGUGUUCAGCUAAGUACUUGUCUUCGCUGGAAAAACACAAAAGGAAUAGAACCAUGUAAAUUGCUAAUUUAAAAAAGCAGAAGUUGUAACUCACUCAUAAACCUGUCGUACCACGAGCGUUACCAUGACAACAUGGACGGUGACACCAACGACUCAACCAGUGAUUUGAACGGAGAACUGAAGCCAGAUCCCCGCAAACUGGCGCAUUCUGCCAUCAUCAAGCAGGAUGUGAUGCUGUCUGGCACCACCACUCAGUCUCCAGUCUCCCAAACACAGGUCUUCACCUUGCCAACCGUUUCCAUGCCAACAACCUCACUUCCACCUAUCACCAUGGUGACCAGUUCCGCUAGCGACCACAUGUUCAUGACAGUCCCCGCCAUGAACCAUGAUGGAUCAACCAGUGAUUCCUCCAGCGAACCAAAGAAUUACUCCACUUCAGGGAUCUCCAACUCCAACAGCUUUGCGGCAGGUCCCACCACUCCUCAGUUAUUAAGUCAGGCCCAGUACUUCUUUGCUGCCAGUCAGCCACUCCCCCAGACCCCCACUGGCCCCUCCCCUCUCAUGCCGAUGCAGCAGCUGCUUAUACCUGUGUCUACGGGUAAUGGUACCCAGACCUUCAUCACAAUCCCUAUCUCCCUGGCAGCCACAGCUAACCCACCUAUCCAGAUCCUGACCACAUCCAACGGUCAGUUGAUAGCCACCAACCUUACUGCUGGACUACCUGGACUACAGAGUUUCCUGCAACCCAUGACACCGACCAUGUCCAACAUGGGGUGGCCGCCCCCUAGCAGUGCAGGUUUGCCUGCCAGUAGUUCUGCUCCCAGCUCUCUCAGCUACUCCACAACUAGCCACACGGUCCCCCAGACGCCUCCAACCACCUUACCUCAGUACCUCACCAAUGCUCAAGGACAAAUAGUGGCUGUGAAUGGUGCUUUACAAUCUCAAUCUGCGGCCCAACCAGUGGUGUCCAAUUCAGCGCCGGUCGUGUCUACUAUGUCCAGUACCAUCCACCACACCAGCCAGAACACGCCGCCAGCACACGCCCAGCAGCACAUGCAGCCCACGCACCAUGCUGCCUCCAGCGUCGUCACACCGCAGAAAAGGAGCAGCAGUCAGCUGCAGAGUCGGCCAUCUUCCUCCCCUUCGUCGGCAUCGCCUGGUCCAAUUUCACUGGUGCAGCACCAGCCCCAAGCCCAGACGUCAGCCAAUGCCACGUCAGUUAAUGGCGGACAGUCUGCUGAGCUGGAGACGUAUAAAUUGUGGCUGAAACAUAAGAAAAUGGCGGCAGCGGUGGGAUCUGAAGCGACAUCUUUACAGCAGAUGCAGAACCUUCCUCCUGUCACCACCUUUCAGAUCCUCCCCACUCAGGCCUCACAGCCGUCUGUUAUCACCCACACACCAACCACACAGGUAGCCAGCGCCGUCGCUGUGUCAAUCACAGGCUCCACCACUCCCACAAUUAAUGGGUUGCCUGCCAAUGUUAGCCAGCUGCUUCCAAAUACGGUCAGCAAUGCCACAGAGGGCACCACUGUAGACGGCAUCAACUUGGACGAGAUCAAAGAGUUUGCCAAGCAGUUUAAGAUCCGCCGCCUCUCGCUGGGAUUGACACAGACGCAGGUGGGACAGGCGCUGAGUGCGACAGAAGGCCCCUCCUAUAGCCAGUCUGCAAUUUGCAGAUUUGAGAAGCUAGACAUCACACCAAAGAGUGCACAGAAAAUAAAGCCUGUCUUAGAACGGUGGAUGGAGGAGGCAGAAGAGAGAUACAAAAAUGGCGUCCACAAUCUCACUGAAUUUAUUGGCAGUGAGCCAUCUAAGAAAAGGAAGAGGCGGACAUCCUUCACCCCAGCGGCCCUUGAAGUCCUUAACGAGUAUUUUGAGCGAAAUACCCAUCCGUCAGGUGCAGAAAUGACUGACCUGUCAGAAAAACUGAAUUACGACCGUGAAGUUAUUAGAGUCUGGUUCUGCAACAAGAGACAGGCACUUAAAAACACCAUUAAAAAACUAAGGCAGCCAGACGGGACUCCAUGACUGUGAAUUUGUGGUCCCCACACCAUUCUCACCAUUCUCACCCCAGUACAGUAAUUUCAGUCUUUAUUUAAAGGCUUUUGAGAUGCACUGGAUCUCACAUUGAAUCUCACCAAGGGGCUUGAGAGGUGGGAAAAAGAUGACACACAAAACCAACAGCGGGGGAAUGAAGUUGAACUGUGUUCCUAAGCUCAAAGCAUAUUUUUCAUUAUUUAACCCUUUCUCCGCCUGUGUUCUGGUAUAAACUGUGCCAUUUAAAACAACACAUCUAGAUGUGGUCAAGCCCUAGACUGGAAAGGGUUAAACAGGAAGAUUUGAUUAUUGCUAUGUACCAAAGAUAGAUCACAUUCAAAAGAAAACCAAGGUUAUUGACCCUGAACCGACCUUGACCCACAUGGUCUUGACCUUUAAUGACCUUCAAAGGGAACAAUAACUGUGGAAAAUGUGGGUGUCUCAUUGUUGUUUCAAUCAUGCAUUUAUAAUAUUAUUUACCAUUGCCAUGGCGACCAUGCUUUCAUUGUUUAAAAUGGCUGUAGAUAACAAUUUUGGUGCUGUUUUGUUUUGAUGUAUGUAGAACUUAGUGACAAUUUCCAAGGAGAUUAUAACAAGAUUUCCAAGACAGUUACUCUGUUUACUCUAUUUAUACAAGAGAAAGAAAGGGCAAUGGACACCAUUUUCAGAAACAUUUUUAAGAGUAUUUCAUACCUUCCAUGUUGUUAAGAGAAGACUUCAAGAGGGGGAGAAAGAAAUUUCAGAAACUGCAACAUCCAUGACAUUUUUUGUAAAAUCAAAAUCAUUUGAAAACUUUUUUUGUGUAAGUGGAAGAAAAGAGGAUUCUGUGCCAAGAACAGUGAAAGAGAUGAUGGGACUACAAGGAAAGAAAGUUCCAAGGGAGAAGUGGAAGAAAUGUCAAUAUGUUCCUUAAAAGAUGGUGACUCAUGACAGCAGUUAAUCUCGAGGGGCAGAAUAA